AUGGGGCCACAUCAAUCACUGUUGGAACGAUCGACCUUGACGUCCACUCACCCCAAGUGGUCUACUUGCAAACCUUCAUGGUCAUCGACGAGGUUUCCCCCUACAACGGAAUCUUGGGCCGACGGUGGAUCAGCAAGAUCGAGGCCAUCACAUCUACUCUACAUCAGAAGAUCUGCUACCCCAUCCCUGGGGGGGGGGAUGAGGCAGAUCAACAGUGACCAAGCCAUGGCAAGGAGAUGCACAACCCAAUGGCUCCAGAAGAGCAAGCAACUGCAGUUCACACCAAUAAUGCAAGCUGCCAACGAGGAAGGAAGCGCCCCUAGCAGACAAGCAAACCCGAAAGGGAAGGAAGGUUGGAAACCUGAGGAUGACGUCGAGUUAGUACCCCCUGAUCCUGACCAGUCAGACAAAGAGGCGCAGAUCGGCUCGCGCCAGAAUCCAAACAAGAAGGAUCAAGACGAGGGAAUCCUCCCGGAAGGCUCUCUUGAAGAAGGUUUGAAGCCUGAGGAAGAUGUUGAGUUAGUACCCCUCAAUCCUGACCAGCCAGACAAAGAGGCGCAGAUCGGCUCGCGCCAGAAUCCAAACAAGAAGGAUCGAGACGAGGGAAUCUGCUCGGAAGGCUCCCUUGAAGAAGACAAACAAGCGCAGAACGACUCGCACCAGAAUCCAAACAAGAAGGAUCAAGACGAGGGAAUCUGCCCGAAAGGCUCCCUUGAAAAAGGUUGGAAGCCUGAGGAAGACUUUGAGUUAGUACCCCUCGAUCCUGACCAGCUAGACAAGAAAGUGCGGAUCGGCUCGCGCCUAAGCCCAGACGAGAAGAUGGAGCUGACCAUAUUCCCCCAGAACAACAAAGACAUGUUCGCGUGGUCACCAUCUGACAUGCCCGGCAUCGACCCAAAUAGCAUCUGCCACCAGCUCCAUGUAAACCCUGCUAGCAAGCCCGUGGUGCAGAAGAGACGCAACUUCGUUCCUGAGCGGGUCGCGAUCAUUGAAGCCGAGAUCGACAAGGUCCUAGCUACCGGUUUCAUUGAAGAGGUCUCUACUCAGAAUGGCUGGCCAACGUUGUUCUGGUGGCCACAAGUGGAGAGUGUGCCAAUACGAGGUCGGUGUAAUCGACACACUCUCCACUGGCUGAUCAAGAUUGAGGGCUUCAUGGAUGCUUACUCCGACUAUAAUCAAAUUAUGAUGUACGAUGAUGACAAGGCGAAGACCUCUUUCAUCAUCGAGAGAGGGACCUACUGCUACAAGGUCAUGCCCUUUGGGCUGAAGAACGCUGGAGCAACCUACCAAAGGCUCGUGAACAAAAUUUUCAAGGAGCAGAUCGGCAUAACCAUGGAAGUCUACAUAGACGAUAUGCUGGUCAAAACCCCCAAGCGGGCAGACCACCUCAAAAACCUCGCCGAGGCAUUUAGCCUGCUCUGCCAGUAUCGCAUGAAGCUGAACCCAAGCACACCGACGCCAAAUCAAAGCCAUUCUCGAGAUGAAGUCGCCUUCCACAGUGAAGGAAAUACAAACUUGACGGGCAGAGUAGCGGCCCUCAACCGAUUCCUCUCGAAAUAUACCAAUAAGUGCAGGUCAUUCUUCAAAGCUUUGAAGAAGGGACAAAAAGACAAGUGGGACGAAAAGUGCGAAGUAGCUUUCCAGAAUCUAAAGACCUACCUCACUUCACCUCCCCUACUCUCAAAGUCAGUUCCUGGUGAAGACUUGUUCGUGUACCUGGCAGUGUCCAACUUGGCCGUCAGCUCAGCUCUCAUCUGA